UGGAGUUUGAGGCUACAAGAAACUUUGAACAAGCGAAAAUGGCGGUUGUGGCGUUCCUUGGCAAACGCAUUCCACGCGCGGUGGCGAGACGCAGCGCCAUCCAUCACCGCGCUUCGAGUGUGGCGGCUACAGCGGCACAGGAUGCUUUACGGACGCACAGGUUUUCACUGCAUGCUCGUGUUGCUGGAAUCGAUAACUUACCGAAGAGUCGCCGGAGUUCAACCUUGAUCUCUGCUCGUCGAUUUUCGGCGUUCUCGUCAGGAGAAGGCUCUGGGAUUUUACCAUGCCCUCAAUGUGGAAAUGGACUGAAGCUUUCAGUUGCGGUGGCUGCGCCCAACGUCAUGGCCAAGGCAAACGUCGUUCCGCCUCAUCAGUCGGACGACUAUGCCGCCGCUGCCAAAUUGUCCGAAGGCGACAUCAUUUCGUGCGAAGAAUGCAAAGGUCACUUCGUGGUCAAGUCUACUGGUGGACCCAGCUCGGGAUUUUCGACUUAUGGUGGCGACCACACAUCGCACAUGUCGAAUGUUUCAGGUCCCAGACUCACGAGCGAAAGUGAGUACAACCGAAUUGUUCAUCAAGGAACGGUCGCACCUGCAGUGCAGUCAGAACGACAGGAGCAAGUGCUAACUCCUCGGCAAAUCUUCGACGGUCUCAACACCUACGUCAUUGGCCAAGACGCCGUGAAGAAGGCUCUGAGUGUUGGUGUACAUAACCAUUACAAGCGACUGAGCAUGCACGCCAAGAAGAAGAAGGCCAGUGCAGAGCAAAACCGAGGGACGAUCCAUUCUUUGGGCCACGGGGUCCAUGUCGAAGCCAUCAACGCCGACCCACGCCUCGAAUCCCGGCCCAAGGCGGACGAGGUCGAGUUGGACAAGACCAACAUGAUGAUUGUGGGCCCAACUGGCUCGGGGAAGACCCUCAUGGCCAAGACUCUGGCGCGUAUGGCCCAAGUGCCGUUGGUAAUUGCCGAUGCAACUUGCCUCACGCAAGCUGGUUAUGUCGGGGAAGACGUCGAGUCGAUUUUGUUCAAGUUGUACCAGGCAGCCAACUACGACGUCGAUGCCGCUCAACGAGGAAUUGUCUACAUCGAUGAAAUCGAUAAAAUCUCGAGAAAGAGCGAAAACGUCAGCAUCACGAGAGACGUGUCAGGCGAAGGCGUGCAGCAAGCCUUGCUCAAGAUGCUGGAAGGAUGCGUCGUGAACGUCCCAGAGAAGGGCGGACGAAAGAACCCGCGAGGCGAGUUCAUUUCGAUCGACACGACCAACAUCCUAUUCAUCUGUGGUGGCGCGUUCGCCGGCCUCGAGAAGAUUGUAUCUCGACGAACAGCGAGCUCUUCCAUUGGGUUCGGCGCCCGCAUGCCCAACACCAAACUUGACGAACUGGACAACAUCGGGCAGCUCUUGACCCAGUCGGAGCCUCAGGACCUGGUGUCUUACGGGCUCAUUCCAGAGUUCGUCGGUCGCUUCCCCGUCGUGGUUAGCACGCUGGGUCUCUCCCAAGACGAGCUCGUACGCGUUCUGACCGAGCCCAAGAACUCGCUUGUCAAGCAGUACCAAGCACUGUUUGCCCUAAACGACGUCGAGUUCCAUGUGUCGCGGUGUGGCUUGGAGGCCGUCGCUGACCUUGCUGUCCAGCGAAACACGGGAGCGCGUGGUUUGCGUGCGAUCUUUGAGCGUGCUUUGGUGGAAACGAUGUUUCACAUCCCGGACAUGCCCAACGUAAACGCGGUGUACGUCGACUCGGACGUGAUUGCCGGCCGAAAGCAGCCCGUCCUCAUUCGAAAUGACGUAUCGUUGGCCGAUUACUUGAGCGAGAAAGACAAGGCGUACGAGGUCGAGCACCCCGCUGCUGCUUAGAAGACGUGUAUCUUUAAUGUACAAACAACUAUCCACUUGAAAA